AUGUCCCAUACAUCAUCAACAUUUCAACCGCCCCAGGUAGCCCAAAGCCAGGAAAAGCCGGGACUGGAAACGCACAUGACACCACCCAGCGAGAUCACAAGGCUAGAUGCCGGAAAUGAGCUAGUAGAAUAUACUGCUUCUGGCAAGCUGAAAGACAAAAAAGUCUUCAUCACCGGUGGAGACUCUGGCAUUGGCAGAUCGGUGGCAGUGCUGAUGGCCAAGGAGGGUGCAGAUAUCAGUAUUGUCUAUCUCCCGGAAGAACAAGAGGAUGCAGAGGAAACCAAGAAAAUGGUGAAGCAAGAGGGUCGAGAGUGUCUUCUACUACCGGGCGACCUCCGAAAUCGAAGUUUCUGCAAAGAGGCAGUAGAGGAGCACAUCAAACAAUUCGGUCGCAUCAACGUUUUGGUCAACAAUGCUGCCAAACAAUAUCGCUGCAAGGACUUUGUCGAUAUCGACCUUGACGAGGUAGAGGAUACCUUUCAAACGAAUAUCAUCCAGAUUUUUGCCGUUACCAAAUUCGCUCUGCCUUAUAUGGCUCGAGGAGACUCCAUCAUCAACAACACAUCUGUAUCGGCAUUCCGUGGUUCAAGCAGUGUGGUUGACUAUGCAGCCACAAAAGGUGCCAUUGUUGGCUUCACCCGGUCUCUUGCAGUACAACUAAUGCCCAAAGGAAUACGGGUGAAUGCUGUUGCUCCUGGUGGCAUCUACACACCCUUUCAAGUCGCCACUCGAGAAGCAUCGGAAAUGGAAAACUGGGGUUCGCACUAUGGCCUCGGUCGACCCGGUCAGGCCAGCGAGGUGGCCACCAGUUUUGUCUUUUUGGCCAGUGCUGAUUCCUCGUUUUAUUACGGACAGGUUCUUCAUUGCUAUCCGUUGGGCGACUGA